UUUUCUCUAAUUACUUAUCUGCUAAAAAGAAAUUGUACCGGGUUUAAUAUACAUAUCUCUUAAAAGUGACGCAGCAAGCGCUACGAAUCUCGAAAAGUCUCGUUGCAGUGUUAGGAUUCUGAUUUCGACAACUUCAGACAAAAUAAAUGCCACCACGUUUGUUAGUAGAAUGAAAGCGGUUGCGCCUUAUUUGAAAAUUUGAAAGAAAACAUGUGUAAAUGUUGAGAGUAUUCGCAAAGAUUGUUUUGUUUUUAUUAGUUAAGACGUAAUAUCAAAAGUAACACUUUUCCAAUGAUGUAAGGAUUUGGCAGUAUCGUUUAGUGUUAUGAUGUUUAAUUAGUACCAUAUUCAACAAUAUUAGUGCAAUCUGGAACAAUAAAGAACACACAAAAAAUAUACUCGGUGUUUAAGUAUUAUAAAUGGCCCUAUUAUUCACAAACAUGUGGGAUUCCGCAAUGUUUUUGAGUACCUUAACCCCAAAAUUUUACGUCGCUCUUACCGGAACAUCAUCUUUAAUUUCUGGAUUGAUUCUUAUUUUUGAAUGGUGGUACUUUAGAAAAUAUGGAACAUCAUUUAUCGAGCAAGUGUCCUUAAAUCACAUUUCCCCGUGGAUCGGUGGAGGUGACAGUGGAUCAGAUGGAAAUAAUUCAAGUUUAAAUGGUUCAAAUUCGAAUCAACAAAACAUUCCGGAAUGUAAAGUGUGGCGUAAUCCAAUAAAUUUGUUUAGAGGGGCUGAAUAUCAAAGAUUUUAUUGGGCUACGAAUAAAGAACCAUUAACAUAUUACGAUAUGAAUUUAUCUGCUCAAGAUCAUCAAACAUUUUUCACCUGCGAAGGUGAUACAGGUAAGGCAGAAUAUGAAAUAAUGCAAACAGCUUGGAGGGAACGUAAUCCGGUAGUGCGAAUAAAAGCAGCCCACAGUGCUCUUGAUCGUAACCCUGAUUGUGCUCCUGCGUAUAUAUUACUUGCUGAAGAAGAAGCUAUCACUAUCGUAGAAGCAGAAAAAAUUUUGAAACAGGCUUUAAAGGUAGCAGAAAAUAAUUACAGAAAAUCUCAGAGUACGCAACAUCAAGGAUCGAUCGCGGAAGCCAUACAUAGGAGGGACACAAAUGUAUUAAUAUAUAUUAAACGACGAUUAGCUAUGUGCGCGAGAAAAUUAGGAAAACUAAAAGAAGCUGUAAAAAUGUUUAGGGAUCUAACAAAAGAAGUUCCACCAAUUAUGAAUGUGUUAAAUAUUCAUGAAAAUUUGAUUGAAGCUUUAUUAGAAAUGCAAGCAUACGCGGAUGUUCAAUCAGUAUUAACGAAAUACGAUGAUAUAAACCUACCGAAAUCAGCAACUAUUUGUUAUACAGCUGCAUUAUUGAAAGCGCGAGUAGUUGCUGAUAAGUUUUCAACAGACAUUGCUAGUAAAAGAGGCUUGACUACUCCAGAAAUGAUAGCAGUUGAAGCUAUUCAUAGAGCUGUUGAAUUCAAUCCUCAUGUACCUAAAUAUUUACUAGAAAUGAAACCUUUGAUUUUACCACCAGAACAUGUACUGAAAAGAGGAGAUUCAGAAGCAAUUGCUUAUGCAUUCUUCCAUCUUGCACAUUGGAAACAAAUGGAAGGUGCUCUCAAUUUACUACAUUGUACUUGGGAAGGUACAUUCAGAAUGUUACCAUAUCCCCUGGAAAGAGGACAUUUAUUUUAUCCGUAUCCGACCUGCACAGAAUAUGCAGAUCGUGAACUAUUACCUUCGUUUCAUGAUGUAAGCGUCUACCCAAAGAAGGAGUUGCCGUUCUUUAUUUUAUUUACAGCAGGUCUAUGUUCCUUUACAGCACUCUUAGCGCUUUUAACGCAUCAGUAUCCUGAUACUAUGGGCGUAGUUGCACGAUCGAUGCUUGCCUGGUUUUCUCAUCCAUUUUAUUAUAUUUUAGACAAAUUAGAAGCUAUUUUACCUUCUAAUUUAUUACAACAGCUCUCUAGAAUAUAAGACAUUUGUAUGAUCUCUGUAAUCAUAACUUAUUGUGAUAUUUAUGAUACUUAUGCUUUCAUUGUCAUAUACAUCAAUUAUAUAUGUACAUCCGUACUUCCCGAAUUUCUUAU